AUGGAGCACAUCAACUUCGACAUCAACGAGGCGCUCAUGCAUUACAUGAGCGACCCUGCCGCUAUACCCACCCCCGAGGCCGACAGCGCAUUGGUCGAUUGCGAGAGCGAUCCCGAGUCUCUGUCCAACACCUCCUUGCUCAACCCGGUCCUGAACCCCAUUGUCGAUGCCGUCGCAGAAAACCCCGACGCCAUCAUGCGCAGCGCCUACUUUGACUCGCUGCAGUUCCUUCUCAAAUAUACCCAGUUCCUGCCCACGCACGCCCUCAGCAAGAUCUUCGACCUGAUCAUGAGCGGCCUGGCCGCCGAGGCCGACGCCAUCAACCAUGACCUCGAGAACCCCGACGAGCAGGAGAUGAUCGCCCAUCAUAAGUCGCUCCUCGAGAUCUACGGCUUCCUGCUGCAGUGGACCAUCGCCUGCGUCGAGACGAAAGCUGCCGAGAAGUCCUCCGCCGCCCCCGUGUCGCGCGCCAGAGGUAAGGGCGCCAAGUCCAAGGCGGCCUCGGCGAGCCGAGACAAGGAUGGCAACUGGGACAGCGCCGCGCAGCUGCAGUCAGCAUUGGAUGUCAUGUCCAAAGUCCUCAAGCUGAAACUAGGCAAGAUCUUCUUAACGACGAGCGAACGCGAUACCUUCAUCGGCCUCCUCACCAGACCCGUAUACAUGGUCCUAGAGAGCGAGCAGAGAGUUAAGAACACGGCCAUCAAGAUGCACGCCUUCAAGGUCCUCUGCAUCGCCGUGAAGCACCACGGCCACGGCUACGCUGCGCAGAUUUCCAUCGUCCAAAACCUGACCUACUUCGAACAUCUAUCCGAGCCCAUGGCUGAAUUCCUACACAUCCUGGCCGAGCAAUACGACUAUCCCCAGCUAGCGGACGAAAUCCUGAGGGAGAUAAGCAAUAAAGAAUUCAACACUAACGACACCAAGGGUCCGAAGUCGGUCUCCUCCUUCAUCAUCAAGCUAUCUGAACUCGUCCCCCGUCUUGUGAUCAAGCAAAUGACUAUGCUAGCUAAGCAGUUGGAUAGCGAGUCGUACACUCUGAGGUGCUCCUUGAUAGAAGUCUGCGGUAACAUGAUCGCCCACCUCACCACCCAGGAAGAGCGCAGCGAGAACCACAAAUCACAGCUGAAUGCCUUCUUCGACGUCCUGGAGGAACGCUUCCUCGACAUUAACCCCUACUGCCGGUGCAGAGCCAUGCAGGUCUACACGAAGCUGUGCGAGCUCGAGCAGAAGUUUCCCAAGCGUCGACAGAAAGCCGCCGAGCUGGCCUGCAGAAGUCUCGAGGACAAGAGUAGCCACGUUAGGAGGAACGCGAUAAAGCUCCUGGGGACUCUCAUCAAGACUCACCCAUUCACCGUGCUGCACGGAGCGCAGCUUUCCCGCAAGGACUGGCAGGAGCGCCUCGACAAGGUCGACGCCGAAUUGGACGCCCUGAAGCCCCCAGCAGGAGAGCCCGGCUUGGGGGAGGACAAGGGCAACAGCACCGCGCUGGUAGACGAGCCCACCCAGAUCGAAUCCCCCCAGAAGCCGCGGGAGAUGAGCGACGAGGAGAAAGCGGCGGCGGUCCAGAAGGCCCAGGAGGACGCAGCUACGUCAGAAGCUAUAGAGAAGCUAACCCUGACAAAGAGGUAUUACACCGACGCCCUCAAGUUCAUCGAGGUGCUGCACGAGGCUACGUCUACUGUCUGCCAGCUUCUAGGGUCCAAGAACAAGUCCGAGGUGAUCGAGGCGAUGGACUACCUCGAGAUCGGCAACGCCUACAACAUCGAGGACAACAUGGUUGGGAUCCGGCGGAUGAUGCGGCUCAUCUGGACGAAGGGCAACAGCGACGAGGGCAAGGGCGUCCAGUCGCAUCUCAUCGACUGCUACAAGCGACUGUUCUUCGAGGCGCCGGAUAGUUUUAGUCCGAACGAUGCCGCUAUCUACAUCGCGAGAAACAUGAUCAGUCUCACGUCGGGUACGACGCCGGCGGAGCUGACGAGUCUGGAGCAACUGCUCGCGACCAUGAUGAAGGGCGGCAUGAUCUCCGACCGGGUCAUCACGAAAUUGUGGGAGGUGUACGGCUUUCACAAGAGGGAGAUCUCCCGGUCCCAACGGAGGGGUGCCAUCAUCGUGCUGGGCAUGCUCGCUACCUCCUCCCCGGAGAUCGUCGUCGGCGAGAUGGAGACGAUGCUACGAACUGGGCUUGGUGCGCACGGUAGAGCCGACCUCCAACUAGCCAAGUAUACGUGCAUCGCCCUGCGACGAUUGAACCCGACCGGCCGUCAGGGUAAGGACUCCACGGUCACGUUCAGCCGCCUGCCCAACGAGCACGCCGUGCUGGCGAAGCUAGCCGCGAUCACCGAAGUCCCAAGCGACAGCAAGGAAUGGUUCGGGGUGGCCGAGCAGGCCAUCAACGCCAUCUACGUCCUCGCGAAGCACCCCGACGCCCUAUGCUCCGAGAUCAUCCGGCGCAGGACCAAGACCGUGUUUGCCGCCAGGCACAAAUCCCCUUCCUUGUCGCGGCCAGGGUCGCGCGACCAAGACGCCACCUUCACCGCCACCGCCGACCCAGGGGCGACUCAGGGCAUCACGAUGGGCCUCGAUGCACCUACGCAGACCAUCAACCGGCCGCCGUCGGAGCCACCGGCCGAGCCCAAGCAGAAGGCGGCGAUCGCGCUGUCGCAGCUCCUCUUCGUCGUCGGCCACGUGGCUAUCAAACAGAUCGUGCACCUCGAACUGUGCGAGCUCGACUUCAAGCGGCGGAAGCAGGAGAAGGAGAAGGACGCGGCGGCUAAACCGGCCCCGCCGCGGCAGUCGGUAGGCCGCAGGGGCAAGACGGCGACGCCGGCGCCGGCGGCGGAGGAGGCGGGCGACGAGCUCGACCUGAUCGGCGGCACGACGGAGGACGACUUCACGGAGGCGAUGGCGCACAUCCGCGAGCAGGAGCUCCUGUUCGGGCCGCAGUCGCUGCUGGCGAACUUCGGGCCGCUGGCGGCGGAGGUGUGCUCGCGCAGCGACGUGUACCGGGACAAGAGCCUGCAGGCGGCGGCGACGCUGUGCCUGGCGAAGCUGAUGUGCGUGAGCAGCGAAUACUGCGAGGUGCACCUGCCGCUGCUGAUCACGAUCAUGGAGCGGUCGCCGGACGCGGCGGUGCGGUCGAACGUGGUGAUCGCGCUGGGGGACAUGGCGGUGUGCUUCAACCACCUGAUCGACGAGAACACGGACUUCCUGUACCGGCGGCUGGCGGACCAGGACCUGUCGGUGAAGCGGACGUGCCUGAUGACGCUGACCUUCCUCAUCCUCGCCGGCCAGGUCAAGGUCAAGGGCCAGCUCGGCGAGAUGGCCAAGUGCCUCGAGGACGAGGACAAGCGGAUCGCCGACCUCGCGCGCAUGUUCUUCACCGAGCUGAGCACCAAGGACAACGCCGUCUACAACCACUUCGUCGACAUGUUCAGCCUACUGUCGGCGGGCCAGAUGGAGGAGGAGCCGUUCCGGCGGAUCGUCAAGUUCCUGCUAGGCUUCGUCGAGAAAGACAAGCACGCGAAGCAGCUGGCAGAGAAGCUGGCGGCGCGGCUGACGCGAUGCGAGACGGAGCGGCAGUGGAACGACGUGGCGUUCGCGCUGGGGCUGCUGCAGCACAAGAACGAGGACAUCACCAAGAUCGUGAGCGAAGGGUUCCGCGUCGUGCACACGGCGGCGUGA